AUGGCUGAAGAUAAUGAUGAUAAUAAAACUGAAAAAAUACUGCAAUUACAAUUACUUAUUGAACAAGAAAAAACAAAACAAAAAGAGAUAGAUAUUGUUAUUCAACAAGAAAAAACAAAACAAAUAGUUGAAAUCGAACGAAUAAAGCGACUGAAAGUACAAUAUGGCCAAUCUUUGUCAUCAGGAAAUAUAGAACUGAGUUCAUUAAGAAACUAUCAAGAUUAUUACGACCAUGCUGUUAAGGGUAAUAUUAAUCCACUUGACAUUAAUUCUUUAUUAAAUAGUAAUAGUUAUUUUGACGAUGAUGAUUAUUUUGAUAAUCAUAUAGCACCUUUAAUUAAAGCUUAUUUAAAUGAUCCGUCAUUAAAUCUUCCAAUACCAGAAGCAGAUAUUCAAGAACGAUUUGGUAACUUAAUAAUUCAAUUAUUAAUGAUACUUGAUGAUAGAGCAUCAUUGAAAUAUUUAACAACAUGCAAUACAACUAUAGAAGGACGUCGAUUUGAUUAUAGUUUUAUAUAUAAAAAUAUUAAUAUCAACAUCAGGAAACAAUUUCAAUGUUUAGGAGAUUUUAUUGUUUGUAUUGGUGAAUACAAGUCAUCAGAAGAUUCUAUAGCAAAUACAAAACAUAUUGGACAAGUGUGUCAAUAUUUCGAUAGUAUAUUAAAACUACAGCGUCGUCAAAAGAUCUAUGGUUUUUUAACUAAUUUCGUAUACAUAAAAUUUUUUUAUGUUGAAAAGAAAAAGGAUUCGUCUUUAUGUAAUUAUUAUCAAAGCUAUGAUUUAGAAAUGUUUAAUUAUUGGUCUCAAACAUCACCAGUUGUUCCUUCGAUGACAACAGCUGAACAAGCGAACUAUAGAUAUUUAAAUAAAGAUACAUGGAAAUUAUUUACAAAAUUUUUAACAAUGAACACGGACUUUUACGAAUAUGAAACAUUAUAUAUAAAUCCACGUGAUUAUUUAUUUGCUAAUAAAUAUAAUAUAAGAAAAAAAUUAGGAAAUGGUGCAACUUCAAUGGUUUAUUUAUUAGUAAAAAAUGAAGAUAAUUUAUUGAUUAAUGAUUUACAUCAAUGUGUAAUAAAAAUUUGUAAAGACGAUGAAUCUGCAAAAUUAUUUAUAAGCGAAGUUAAAAUAAUAGAAAAAUUAAGACAAUUAAAUAUUUCAAAUCAAUUUGAUAAAUUUUUUGAAAAUAUUCUCGAUUCAUCACGUACAGGUAAAUAUUUAUUAUUUACAAAUGAAUUAGAAUCUAUUAAAUCAUUAACAUUAAUUCAAUCACAACAACUUAUUGAUAUCGUUCAAUACUUAUACGAUUGUUGUAUUAUCCAUCGUGAUUUACGUCCACCAAAUUUGAUGUUUGAUAGAAGACGUCAGCAUUUAAAAUUAAUCGAUUUUGGUUUUGCCAAAACUUACGAAAUAAAUGACUUGGCAUUGGAAUUGCCAAUAGAAGGAACAAUUUCGUAUGCUAGUGAAAAUUUUUUUCGUUUUCAUUUAGAAUUAUCAGAGAAUUUAUUCUUUAAACAAGAUUAUGAAUAUGAAAGAACGUUUGAUCUACAGUGUGCAAUAAAUAUAAUAAUGAUUAUGAAACACACGUAUAUAAGAGAUAAAAUAGAUUCAAUUAAAACAUUGUUAUCUGUUCAUGAAAAAAUAUUGGCAUCAUCAAAAUUAUGGGAAAAUGUUAAAGAGGAGAAUAAAAAUUAUUUUAAAUUAUUAGAAUUAAUCAACAACUUAACAAAAUCGUCUGAUUUUGAUGUUAUUAAACAAGAUGUAAAACACCUUUAUGAAGAUUGA